AUGACGAACUCUAAAACAACGCUGCGACUGCUUCUUUGUUUCUCAGGUUUUUGUGCUCGUGCUGCAUUUUCCUUUACACCCUUGACUCUGCCUAUCCAUACUGGUACCGGUAUACAUAGCUGUGGUCAACCAGCAUUGCUUGCAAAGAAGAACGUACUAGUACUGCAUCCACAAGUCCGUGCACCUGCACCUCCCACCACCAGCACACAGCUUCAGUUGGGAUUGGAUCCUCACAAUUUCUGGAUUACGCAGCAAGCUGCAGAAGCUGGUGGCAGUCUCUUGCAAGCCUAUGGCGACUUACUAAGGCACAAUCCCAUUGCUACAAAGGGAAUCACAGCCGCCAUUUUGGCUGCCUCCGGUGACGCCAUUGCCCAGUGGCGAUCCGACAGCGAGGAAUACGAUCCCAUUCGAGGUGCUGGAUUCUUCGUCUUUGGCGCACUCUACACAGGCGUCUUUCAGCAUUUUUGGUUCGAAUUCAUGAACACUCACAUUCAUGAUUGGGGCGACGCUUUGGGAAUAUGGGGACCUGAACGAGUGUCUUUUCCGGUACAAGAUGUCGUCGAUAAGUGGAGCGAAUGGUGGAAGUACUUUGAUGUCGUCACGCAGCUCGAACAACCACCUUCGUCAGAAGCAUUGGCUGCUGCCAAGGUCGCAUUCAACCAGUUUCUAACCAUACCAUUCGUAUACAUGCCACUCUUCUUCACUUUCACUGGUUUCAUCAGUGGCCUAGACUCAAACGAAUCAAUGGCCAGAGCAGAGUCCCUCUACUUUCCGCUACUGCAACGAAACUGGCUCUUUUGGCUGCCCAUGCAGUUCCUACAGUUCCUUGUCAUUCCUGCCGACUACCAAAUCCCUUUUAUUUCGGCAGCUAGUUUGGUUUGGACAGUCAUUCUUUCAUCGAUUGGAGCCGGGUCUGCUCCUCCCGUGGCUCCGUCACAGAUUGUUGCCUACGAAACCAUUACCGCAACCAGUGGUGUCAACGCUGGAGACGAAAUUGUCACCGUUUUACCGGUAGAACCUGGAGAUGCCAACACCAUUACCGAUAAUGUCCGCCUAGAAGAUGUCAUUCCCACAACGAUCAUGGCCAACGCAACGACAAGUGUGGUGGACCCCAUCACCAAGUGGACUGCAGGGGGACUCACGGCUGGUCUCUUGGCGUCAGCUGCCGAUGAAGGAGUCCUGGGAGCUGCUGUGGGAGCUUUCGUCGAUGCCGAUCCUGGAGUUGGAGUCGCAGCCGUCACCGUGGCGGCUGGAUUGGGAAGCUAUCUAGCGGCUUCCGCUGCCCAAAGCAAUCAAACGGAUGCAACCCAAGUGGAUUCUGAUGCUGAUUCUGAUCAUAUCGACACCGUUUUUGGAAAAAAAUUCAGCGCCGCUACCAAUGCCACACUCUCCUAA